AUGAUAUUUGCCACUAUACUGCUACUGUUUGUGACGACAGGUUGCUACCGUCUUUCACAGAGAGAAAAUGAACUUCUGCGAAAAAGCUGCGGUGUGGGAAACGUGGAUAAAAAGUAUAUACAAAACUGCAGUGCGUUCCUAAUUUCCCCACGUCACGUCCUUACGGCCGCACAUUGUGCGACGAACAUAGAUGAGACGCUGAUGUCUUAUCAAUGCGAUGGAAUAUUGAAGAAAUACGUGCCAUCAGAGGUCAAGCCAAAGGAUUUCAUCGUAUAUGUCGGCACCCGUUGCAAUCCCCCUGAGAAAUGUAAAAUCACACACGCAAUUUCAAAGGUUUUUGUUGACAAAAAAUGGAAGUGGUGCGUGAAGGGAAAGAACGAUGAAUUACCGAUCAACCAACACGACCUUGCUAUCCUCGAGCUCAGUAAAGAAGUUAGCAACAAGGAUGCCAUUCCAAUUUGCUUACCACACAGUAAAAUUGCAUUAGCAAAAGACCUUCAAGCUGCGGGACAUGGAUGGGCAAGCCGUAAGUUACAUAUAAUACAAUGA